GGGCCGGGCUGAGGAAGGGAGGGAGGUGGCCCACCGCCCGCACGGCUGGCCGUCUGCCGGGACGGCUGCCCGCCCGGCUGCUUGCGCUCGGCCUCCAUCGCCUGGGAGGAGUGCUGCGCACCAUGGGCAGGAGGCGGAGGGAGUUAGCGCCGUGGAGACCUUUCCAGAGGCCGGCCCGGACCACCGUGCGCGUGCAGGCGUCUGGAAGCGGGGAGACAGGUCAUGGGUCCCCGCAUGAAGGGGGCUUGACGUGGGCCCAGCUCGUCUCUCGGGCCACGUCCCGCAUGGCCCCGCUUCGGCAGGUGUACCUGAUGGCACCCGAGUGGGAGGCGGUGGGCGGGCAGCCCCUGGUAGCGGGGGUGGGGGUGCCCGUGUCCUCCAGAGCUCCGCCUGCGGGCCCCGGUGGCGACAGGCUGGAAACGCUCCCGUCCCUUCUCGCCCCCGCUCCUGUUCCCUGGGAUCACGUCCAGAGUCACAGAGCCCACAGACCCUCGUCCCAGGCUCUGCUUUCUGGUGCAUUCCAGGCCAGGGCGGCACACGAAGGCGGGAAAAACUGCCCUAUGCCCGCAACUGUGGCGCGGGCUCGAGGCCUUCUGUCGAAGGGAGAGACCUGGAGAGCACGGGCCGACCUACUCGGCCAGCGGCAGCACCCCUCGGACCCCGGCUUCCCGUGGCCGCCUCCGCGCCGGCUCCAUCCGGAGAACGCACGGACCGGCGGCCGGCCUGCUGCUCGCAGGGGCUCGCGGUUCUGUUCCCCAAACCCCCGCGCUCUGUGCCUCCGGGUUCCGUGGACCACGGCCGCGUGCCGACUCCCGGGGGCACGCGGCGUGUGGAACAUUCCUACCGGCCGACUCUCUUUCCUUCUCAGCGGAGCUCCGUCCACCCUCGCUCCUCCCCGAAGGCGCUCAGCGCGGGGCACCGUCGGGCCGGCGGAGCUCGUGGUGUCCCGGCGGACCCCGGGCCUGGGCGGGAUGACGGGUCCCCCGGGGCAGCCUCCCGGGCACACGUUGCCCAGAGCAGGGCCACGGUUGCAGCCACCCCCCUCCUUCAGCCUGUGCUCCCUGCACCGUGUCCCCCGCCUGGGCCCCCGUUGGCACCUGUGGCCUGACCGCGCUCGCCCCGGCUCCGCUCCUGGGUCCUCCUGGGUCCAUCGGCAUCAGGGACGUCCCUCCCUGCUCCUUCGCCCGGGUUCUCCUCCGGGGCGUCCGCACCGCUGCGUAUCUGGUCACCGCACCGGAAGCCCCGAAUUCCCCCUCGGCGUCCCCUUCCUGCCGCCAGUGGCCAGUGACCGCCCGAGCCCUUUCCAGCCACUCAUCUUGACCCGGCGCCCCCUUCCGCUCCCGUCACACUCCCCGUCCCCCAAGCGCGGCAGGGCCGCUGCUCAGGACGGGCCAUUUGCCUUCUAGAGAAGCACACGCUGCACUCACGUGCCACGUGCCACUCCUGCGUCAGGGACGUUCCCGCGUGCUCUGCUCUGCCGCAGGGCCGCCCCCUUCCUCCUGGCACCGGCCCGCACCACGUUCACCUCUCUGGACCGCGACGAAAUGACUGAGAGCUGUUAUUCUGUGCUUUGAAACAGCACGGACGCGUCCAGUUGGUUUGCACCUCCGUUGGCUUCACGGUCCCCUGCUUAUGACCGCUGAUUUGUUUCUACUGCCCUCAGUCACUGGUCACCGACCGGCAUAACCCGGUGAUGUAGCCAGUGUAGCCGUGGCAUGGAUAUCUAGGAUGGGAAUUUCUGGGCCAAAAGACCUGUUUAUUCUCACACCUGACCCUGAUUGUCUUGUGGAGACGUAGCACCAUCCUGCACUUCUGUCCCCCUUCCUGACACUGUGGCAACCAAGCGCUCGAUCUGAGGUGUUUGCUGAGCUCUUCAGGGCGCUCAGGUUGUCAGAGAGUCCGGCCCGGGGCUGGGCAGGCGCUCGCGUUGGGCCCGAGGAGAAGCUUGGCUGCAGGGUCCGCUGAUUCCCCCGCACAGACUCGGUUUUGUUAUUUCGUGUGCGGUGGCUCAUGGCACUUAAUCGAUUGAAAAUAAAUUUAGCAGCAAUUAAGUCGUAUAUUGUGGAUAAUCAUGUGUAGCAAGUCGUGGGUCUUAGUAAUGAUUGCUUAAUACAUUGAAGGUUGCCUUGCCCCCCAAAGUAUGCGUUAUUUGAUUAAUGCUCGUAGCAGCCUUCGGGGCGGGACUUGCCGGGUCA